AUGGACAGGGAAAACAUGAUGAAGGAAGUUAAAGACAGGCUGAAAAGUCACCUUCGAUACAAUUUCACAUGGAUAAACGAGGGGACGUCUGACGGCCGCUCUCGACUCGACCACAUCUACACCAGGCUCUACAUCACUGAUCAGGCCCCGGGGGGCGAUUUCAGAUCACACGAGAUACUGGACCACUUCAAAGUCUCAGAUCAGACGGGGCGGAUUACAGGACACUAUGAUCAGAUCGACUGCUUGGACAUUUUUACAACAGGAAGAAAGAGUUUCCAACUCCCUGUGAGAGAUGGACCCAUCCGCACAGUGAUGACCAAAGGCAUUGCCGGCAUUGGGAAGACAUUCGCUGUUCAGUUCUUCGCUCUGAACUGGGCAGAAGGAAAAUCUAACCAGGACAUCGAUCUGAUUUUCCUGCUUCCCUUCAGAGAGCUGAACAUGCUGAAACAGGGGGACUACAGUCUGAUGCAGCUUCUCCUGCACUUCUACCCUCAGCUGAGCCCACUGGAAAAUACCCCACAUCUCACCAGCGUGCACAUCCUGGUCAUCUUGGACGGUCUGGAUGAGAGCAGAUUCCCCCUGGACUUUGAAGGAGGUGGAAGAGUGAGUGACAUCGAUCAAAAAUGCGCAGUCGACGUGCUGCUGACCAGUCUCAUCAGGGGGAGUCUGCUGCCCAACGCACGGCUCUGGAUUACCUCCCGGCCGGCGGCGGUCGGCCAGGUUCCUGCUCACUGCAUCGACCAGAUGACAGAAGUCCAAGGCUUUACUGACCAGGACAAAGAGAUUUACUUUAGAAAGAGAUUCAGCGACUCUACAGAAGUCCUGUCUUAUCUCAAAGGGAUGGUCAGCUUCUACUUCAUGGGACACAUCCCCAUCUUUUGUUGGAUCCUUGCUGAAGUGUUGAAGAAUGGAGACGAGAGGAGCCGAACCAUCAGAACAAUGACGGAGCUCUACAUUCACUAUUUGCUCAUUCAAACACGGAGAUCUGAGCAGAAGUAUGGAGAGAAGAACUCAAAGAACGAGGCCAAAGAAGGUCUGUCAAGGUCACAGAACGCCGACAUGCUUUUAAAUCUGUCCAGGCUGGCCUUCGAACAGCUACAGAAAGGAAAUAUCCUUUUCUACGAGAAAGACCUCCAGGAGUGUGGCAUCGACAUUGAUGAAGCUUCCGUGUUUUGUGGCUUUUGCUCAGAAAUCCUGAAGCAGGAACGCGGCCUGUACCAACAGAGGAUGUUCAGCUUUGUGCAUUUAAGCUUCCAGGAGUUUCUGGCGGCUCUUCACGUGUUUCACUGCCGUGCCACCGAUCGCAGCACCCUGACGUCUUUCCUCGGUGAGGACAUUGCAGACCUGAGCUGGCUAGAGCUGCAGAAGAAGGUGGUGAAUAAAGCCCUUCAGAACAAGAAGGGGCAGUUCGACCUUUUUCUCUGUUUCUUCCUCGGAUUGUCACUGGAGUCCAAUCAGACGAUGCUGCAGGCGUUACUACCAGAGACGAAGAGCAGUACAGACACCUCGGAGGACAUGAAGACAUACCUGAGAAGCUUCCACACAGGAAACAUCCCAGCAGAGAGGUUCAUGAACCUGUUUCUUUGCAAGUUUGAGCUGAAAGAGGCGCAAUUUCAGGAGGAAAUCCCCAAGUACCUGAAUGCAGGAGCAAGAUUAUCAACCGUCGACUGCGCUGUGCUGUCCACCAUGCUGCAGAUAUCUGGAGAAGUGAUUGAAGAACUAAACCUGACCAACUGUUUUAGUACAUCUGAGGGACUCUCGAGGCUUCUCCUGAAUGUAAAGAACAGCAAGAAGGCUUUAAUGAGAUAUGGAGAUUUGCGUGAUGGCGACCUGGCCUUCAUCUCCACCCUUCAGUCAGCAGAUUCACUCCUGCGAGACCUCACUUCCAAACAAUCCCCUCUGAGAGUUCUGGACCUGAAUAACUGCAGAUACAGUUAUCAGCAUGAAGCAGACAAUCCUAUGACACACUCUGAGGACAGCCUUUCUAAAAAGUCCAAGACAAUGGAAAGCCGUGAGGACAUCGAUGACGAGUUAACCCUGCUCACUCUUAUUCCCACUGCCUUGAUCGGUCCAGUCUGUCAACUGGAGGAAUUCAGGAUGCCCGGCUGCUGCCUGAGGAGUAGAUGCUGUCAGGUGUUUGCCUCGGCUCUCUGCUCCGACUCCCAGCUGAAGGAGCUUGAUCUGAGUCGAAACCUGCUGCAGGAUUUAGGAGCUCAGCUGCUCUCUGCUGGACUCGGAAGGUCAAAAUGUAAACUGUUGAUCCUCAGGUUGUCCAGUUGUGGGAUCACAGAGGAGGGCUGCACCUCCCUGGCCUCAGCUUUGAAGUCCAACCCUUCACAUCUGAGAGAACUGGACCUGAGCUACAACUACCCAGGAGAGCUGGGGGUGAGGCUGCUCUCCGAGAGACUGCAGAACCCCGAAUGUCGCCUGGAGAAACUCAAGUUGUCCAGUUGUGGGAUCACAGAGGAGGGCUGCACCUCCCUGGCCUCAGCUUUGAAAUCCAACCCUUCACAUCUGAGAGAACUGGACCUGAGCUGCAACUACCCAGGAGAGCUGGGGGUGAGGCUGCUCUCCGAGAGACUGCAGAACCCCGAAUGUCGCCUGGAGAAACUCAAGAUGCCCGGCUGCUGCCUGAGGAGUAGAUGCUGUCAGGUGUUUGCCUCGGCUCUCUGCUCCGACUCCCAGCUGAAGGAGCUUGACCUGAGUCGAAACCCGCUGCAGGAUUUAGGAGCUCAGCUGCUCUCUGCUGGACUCGGAAGUUCAAGAUGUAAACUGCUGAUCCUCAGGUUGUCCAGUUGUGGGAUCACAGAGGAGGGCUGCACCUCCCUGGCCUCAGCUUUGAAGUCCAACCCUUCACAUCUGAGAGAACUGGACCUGAGCUGCAACUACCUAGGAGAGCUGGGGGUGAGGCUGCUCUCCGAGAGGCUGCAGAACCCCAAAUGUCGCCUGGAGAAACUCAAGUUGUCCAGUUGUGGGAUCACAGAGGAGGGCUGCACCUCCCUGGCCUCAGCUUUGAAGUCCAACCCUUCACAUCUGAGAGAACUGGACCUGAGCUACAACUACCCAGGAGAGCUGGGGGUGAGGCUGCUCUCCGAGAGACUGCAGAACCCCGAAUGUCGCCUGGAGAAACUCAAUGUGGACCAUAACGAAGAGCACUGGGUGAACACACAGCUUCUCGCUCAGUGUAAGUACCACUGCAUGUCUGCCAUGACAGAAACAACCAGGGAAAACCGAAAGAGUCUCGGUCAUCUGUGA